UCUUUAAACUAUUAUAGUGUUCUUGCUCCAAAUUUAUGGAAAAAAUAUUUUAGACUGUUUGAACUUGAUGAGAUCAUGCGACAAAGAGAAAGUAAAAUGUUUGCUGAAAUCUUAAACAGGUUACGAGAAGGUAAACAUACAACUACUGAUCUUCAAAAGCUGAAGGAAAGAUGUGUUCAGGAAUCGAGUUGUCCUCAAGAAGCUCCACGCUCGUUUAUUCAAAAUGCUUUAGUAGACAAAUAUAAUGAACAAGUAUAUGAAUCAUUUACUGAUAAUAGAUAUACAACUAAAGCUCAAGAUAGUGUUAUUGGAGCAGCUUCAGCUGAACUUAAGGAAAAAAUAAUGAGGCAAAUACCUUAUGUUCCGUUAAAAAAUUCUAAACAGUUAGCUCACAAGCUAAAACUUGCUGUUGGGCAACGUACAGAAGUUGCAACAAAUGUGCGAACUGACGAUGGUCUUAGAAAUUGGGCGAGUAACAUUCUAAAGCUGAUACAGCUCACUGAUGAGAAUAAACCUUCGGGUCUUAUCUGGGUCUAA